AUGAACACGCACAUCGGGACUGAGGAAGCGUUAUUCCCGAAGAUCCUGAAGGGCCAACUCCCGCCUGCGUUCACCAACAAUUCCAUAGAGCAAGCCUCGACAUUGCCAGUCCACUCCAUCGCUGACACAGGUGCAAAUGAUCUCAUGGAUCUUGCUGGUCUUGAUCCUUUUGCGCCCGCUACGAGCAGCCGUUCCAUGCAGACAAUGGAGCCAACGAAACCUUCCACCAGUCCGCAAACCGACACUGAAGACUUCGAUGACAUUGCAGCAGCGAUCAGUCUGAUGAUGAUGCAGACCGCCGACUCGGCCAAAGACAAGUUCUCCUUGGACAACUGCCAUUCCGGUGCCUUCGAAGCUCCCGAAAUCCCCUCCAUGCGGGCGACAGAACCGAACAAGAAUGACAUUUCGUUGGAGACCAAAGACUUUGGUAGUUUUAUCGCAGCUACAACAACAAGAAGAGCGCGCCCAAUUCGCAUCCCUUCCAUAUUCACCAGUCAUCGCGUUGCUGCUGGCUCUCCCGCUCUUAGCUUUGCGCAACAAUCCACUGUGGUUGAUGAACAGCUGCCACUGACCUGGCUCCAAGACAUGUCCAACGGCCCUGAGUUCGGUGGCGGCGAUGUGACCAAUUGGGAUGACCCCACACCGGAAUGCUUUUCCGCACCGCCGCCUUUACUGGAGCGGGCUCCAAUGUUGCCAACGCAAGCGGCUCUGAACUCAACUCACGACAUAUGUCUUCCAUUGGACAACGCCACUUCCAUAAGCCUGUGGCUCGACGAUAUCAGCAGUGGGUUCACACCUGAGUCCUUGAGUUCUUCUCUACCAUCACCGGAGGAGCGCGCAGCCCCAUGUUCGAGCCGAGAGUACGACUCGUCAGGGCUAUCUCGAUUCUGCGAAUUGCCUACGAUCCGACCGAAGAAGCGCAAGCGCUCGUCCUCCGUCUUAUCAGAUGUCCAGUGCGCACUACGCCCGUCCUGGAAUCAACCUUGGCCCUCCUCAUCCAUUCUACCGGACCAUGACGUUCCACAAUUUGUCUAUCCCGAUAUGUCAAACGAUAUGCAUGCGACAGAGAGCCUAUGGGAGGGCCCAACGUGCGUGGAGCAGGUCGACGACCACAACAACCAUGUGAACGAUGCCUCGUUGAACCAUGCGACAGGUACGGCGCUGUACCUAUCAGAAAGCCAGCUCAAGUUUGGUAAUGAUAGCUGCUAUACGUUGGCCAAGUGA